AUGGCCAAGUGGCUGCGGGACUACCUGAGCUUUGGCGGCCGGAGGCCCCCUCCGCAGCCACCCACCCCGGACUACACGGAGAGCGACAUCCUGCGGGCCUACCUGGAACAGAAGAGCCUGGACUUCGAGGACCCCUAUGAGGACGCGGACAGCCGCCCGGAGCCGGACCCUGCGGGCCCCGCGGACUCCAAGUACGACUCCCCCAAGCACCGGCUCAUCAAGGUGGAGGCAGCCGACAUGGCCGAGGUGGCCAGAGCCAAGGCCUUGCUGGGCACCGCAGGGGCACAGUCAGAAGUUGACACUGAGUACUCGGACCCCUUUGAUGCCCAGCCUCACCCGCCACCCCCAGAUGAUGGCUACAUGGAACCCUAUGACGCCCAGCGGGUCGUGAGUGAGCUGCCGUGCAGGGCAGUGCAGCUGUAUGACACUCCCUACGAGGAGCAGGAUGGGGAGCCAGGAGACGGGCCUUUCUCAGGGCAAAGGCCUAAACAGAGCCGGCAGCCCCCGGAGGACGAAAGGCCAGCGGAUGAGUACGACCAGCCGUGGGAGUGGAAGAAGGACCACAUCUCCAAGGCGUUUGCAGUGCAGUUUGACAGUCCUGAGUGGGAGAGGACCCCAGGCUCGGCCAAGGAGCUCCGGAAGCCCCCACCCAGAAGCCCCCACCUGGCCGAGCGUGUGGACCCUGCCCUGCCGCUGGAGAAGCAGCCGUGGUUUCACGGCCCCCUGAGCCGGGCAGACGCCGAGAACCUCCUCUUGCUCUGCAAGGAAGGCAGCUACCUGGUGCGGCUCAGCGAGACCAGCCCCCAGGACUGCUCCCUGUCCCUCAGAAGCAGCCAGGGCUUCCUGCACCUGAAGUUUGCGUGGACACGAGAGAACCAGCUGGUGCUGGGCCAGCACAGCGGCCCCUUCGCCAGCGUGCCCGAACUGGUGCUCCACUACAGCUCGCGCCCGCUGCCCGUGCAGGGCGCCGAGCACCUGGCCCUGCUGUACCCGGUGGUCACUCAGAGCCCCUGCGCUGGAGCCCCUGCCCCCGGCCCUGCUCCCUGA